GCAUCAACUCAGUAAACAUGGCGCCGGCCAAGAAACGCAACGUGAGUUCUGAGUUAACUUUAAAGAGGACUAAACUCGACUUAGAUGGUGUUGUUGAACGUAUACUUGGAAGCCGAAAGCACGCCAAUGAUGUAUUUGAUAUAUUGGAGKUUCUUCAGUCAGAGAAAGAGAAGGAUGUUCUUAAUGCUGUCAGCGCCUGCAGCAAGCUGUUCAGCACAUUGUUGGAGAGGAAAGAUCUGUUCAUUGGAAAACUUCCCGAAGAGGAGGCGUUAAAUGGAGGCUAUAGUGCUGAGGAGAAGUACCGGAUUUUUAUGCGACAUCGUUACAACAGUUGUCUAGAGAUGCUGCAAGAGCAUCUCAACCACGAACUGCAUGAAGUGAAGGAAAGUUCGCUGUGCUGUUUAAUGAAGUUUGCUGAAGCAGAAGGACGGCAUCCUUUGGAAGAUAAAGACUGGAGUGAACAUCACAGCUUCCCAACGGAACUAAUCCAGGCAGUGGUGCACAACCUUCUGUCGAAGAAGACCGACAACUCGCUGCUGAUCUCCAGGUUCCAGGAGUUUCUGGAGAUGGAGGAUGUGCGUUACUACGUAAUGAGCGCCAUCCGUGUGAACGUGCCCCACGUCAUGGAGAAAAACAAAGGAGCUGUGUUGCCUGUAUAUCAGAACAAUGUGUUCACACUCAUGUCCAACAUUAACGUUCCAAGCCAGGAGUCUGAAAUGACCAACUUUAUGGUCAAACAGGAAGCCAAACACGAGGACUGGAAAGCUGCUAAGCUUCAUGAUCACAAACGUGCCUUUGAGAGAAUGUGGCUUGGUUUUCUGAAGUACAAGUUGCCAAACAGCAUGUAUAAAAAAGUGUUGGUGAUUCUGCACGACUCCAUUUUGCCACACAUGAGCAACCCCUCCAUGAUGCUCGGCUUUUUGACCGCAGCCUAUGAUGUUGGUGGGGCCAUCAGUCUGCUGGCUCUCAACGGUCUUUUUGUGCUCAUACAUCAGCACAACCUAGACUAUCCUGAUUUCUACAAAAAGCUGUAUAAUCUCUUCGAACCGUCUGUUUUCCAUGUGAAAUACAGAGCGCGCUUUUUUCAUCUAGCCAACGUCUUCCUCAGCUCCAGCCACCUGCCACUUUACCUGGUUGCUGCGUUUGCCAAACGUCUGGCCCGCCUGGCCCUCACAGCUCCACCCACAGCUCUUCUCAUGCUCCUGCCCUUCAUCUACAACCUGAUCCGUCGCCACCCGUCCUGCAGAGUCCUCAUCCACAAACCCAGCGCAGAAGACGAGCCUCUCGAGGAUCCGUACGUCACGGAUGAGGAGGAUCCCGCUCGGUGUCGGGCUUUAGAGAGCAGCCUGUGGGAAAUUAAGACGCUGCAGAAACAUUUCCAUCCAGAUGUGGCCAAAGCUGCGACAUUAAUCAACACACCUCUGUCAGAGCAAGAAGAUGACAUCAGCGAAGUCCUGGAGAUGACUACAUAUGAGUUGAUGGACCGAGACCUGAAGCGUCAAAUCAAGAACGUCCCUCUGGAGUUUGAAACAGCCACAGAGUUACUGAAAGGAGGAGGAGAUGUGCUAAAAGAACACUUUUGUUUAGUUUAAGGAUAAAAUAACGCAGUGAAUGCAUUCCUGAUCUUGUUUUAUCACCAAACAUAUUUAUCUGAGAUGAACCUUUACAGCGGUUUGAGAUUUGUGGGAUCAACACAUCUAACUAUCGUAAAAACAUUUUUAAAAUAAAUUUGCAUGAAAGUUU